AUGGCUACCUUCAUAGGUCUUACGAGCUGUUGCCUCCCCUGUCUAACCUUCGGUAAAACCCAAGCACGACUUCGCGACCCGUCUUUGAAUAGCUUCAGCUACUUGAAUUUUGAUUGCACCCUCUUUACCUUCCUCGGCAUGAUUGGCGGCCACUGGAUCAUCCAGACAAUCCGACGGGGCGAGAUGCGAGACCGGUACGGGAUCAGCGGGAGCUGCUGCGGCGACUGCUGCACGACGUUCUGGUGUGGCUGCUGUGCGAUUAUACAGGACGAGAAAGAGGUCGAGCUGAGAAGUAGGCCGGAGUUGGUGGGGUAUCAGCCUACGCCACAGAUGGGAUAUCAGUGA